UGGGCGUGGCCCGUUGCCGGAGUAACCUGGAAUCUGCGGUUCUGUUGGUGGCAGCGCCUCUUCCCCGGACGUCGCCGCUUCCCGGGACCGGGAGGCCGAAGAUGAGCCACGGCGAGCGAUUCGUCUUCAUUACGGAGUGGUACGAUCCAAACGCCUCGCUCUUCCGACGUUACGAGCUUUUAUAUUACCCCGGGGAUGGAUCCCUUGAAAUGCACGACGUCAAGAACCACCGCACCUUCCUCAAGCGCACCAAGUACGACGGCCUCCGCCUGGAGGACUUGUUCCUCGGCAACAAAGUGAACGUCUUCUCCCGCCAGCUCACGCUGCUUGACUACGGGGACCAGUACACGGCCCGGCAGCUGGGCAGCAGGAAGGAGAAGACCCUGGCCCUGAUCAAGCCCGACGCCGUCGCCAAGGCUGGGGAGAUCAUCGAAGCCAUCCACAAUGCCGGGUUCACCAUCACGAAACUCAAAAUGAUGACGCUGUCCAGGAAGGAAGCAACAGAUUUUCAUGCCGACCACCAGUCGAAGCCCCUGUACAACGAGCUGGUUCAGUUCAUCUCCAGCGGGCCCGUGGUCGCCAUGGAGCUCCUCAGGGAUGAUGCCAUCUGUGAGUGGAAGCGGCUUCUGGGCCCCGCGUACCCCGAGGCGGCCCGGACUGAGGCCCCGGGCUGCAUCCGGGCCUUGUACGGGACGGACGCCAUCCGGAACGCUGCACACGGCCCCGACUCCUUCGCCUCUGCCGCCAGAGAGAUGGAGCUGUUCUUCCCCUCCACGGGCGUCUGCGGCCCCGCCAACACGGCCCGCUUCACGGACUGCACCUGCGGCAUCGUCAAGCCCCACGCCGUCAGCGGAGGGCUCCUGGGGAAGAUUCUCGUGGCCAUCCGGGACGCCGGCUUCGAGGUCUCAGCCAUGCAGAUGUUCAACAUGGAUCGGGCGAACGUCGAAGAGUUCUACGAAGUUUACAAAGGAGUCGUGUCUGAGUAUAAGGACAUGGUGACAGAGCUGUGUGCUGGCCCCUGUGUGGCCCUGGAGGUCCAGCAGAAGGACCCCGCCAAGACCUUCCGGGAGCUCUGCGGACCUGCCGACCCCGAAAUCGCCCGGCACCUGCGCCCGGGUACCCUGCGUGCCGUCUUCGGGAAGACCAAGAUCCAGAAUGCAGUGCACUGCACGGACCUUCCGGAGGACGGGCUGCUAGAGGUUCAGUAUUUCUUCAAGAUCUUGGAUAAUUAGCCGCCCAGUCGGUGGUCCCGGCAGGGGUGUUUGGAGAGACCACACAAGCACACACGGGGUGUGGGUUCAUUCUUUUAUUGUCCAUUGUUUAACCUGACUGAAUACAAGACGGACGAGGGUACUCACUGCUGGGAUCGUUACAGAUGUGAGAACAUGGAUUUUUUUUUUUGUUUUUGCACUGGAGACAACAUCGAUAGCGGUCUAAGGGGGGAAGGAGGGGGUUACUGCAUUGCUUUUUUUUUUUUAUAAAGUCCAAAAUAAAGAUUUAUUUUUCAAACAAGUGACUUUGGUUUUUUUUU